AUGUCUGAGGUUGUGGUUGUAGGUGCCGGAAUUAUUGGUUUAUAUACCACUUACUGCCUUAUCAAUGACGGUGGUAUCUCUCCAGACAAAAUCACCGUUCUUGCCAAGUAUAUGCCAGGAGACCAAUCAAUCUUUUAUACUUCACCAUGGGCAGGGGGUAAUUUUUCCUGUAUCACACCUAACGAUAAAGAGACGUUGGCUUUAGAUAAAUAUACUUACACACAUUUAGCGGAGAUCCAAAAGAAGCUCGGAGGUCCAACAUGUGGUUUGGAUAUGAAACAUAGCACAGAAUUAUGGGAUGAGUAUCCUGGCGAUGAAAAGAUAAAUUCCUUGAAGAGCUAUAUUAAAGAUUUCAAGGUAAUUGCAAAGCAAAACUUACCACACGGUGUUCAGUAUGGUAUUACCUUGACUACCUGGGAUUUCAACUGUCCAAUGUUCUUAACUAAUUUCAAGAAAUAUUUUGAAAAUAUCGGGGUUAAAUUUGUUAGAAAGGAAUUAUCCCACAUCUCCCAGGCCUACCAAGCAGACACCAAAGUUGUUUUCAAUUGCACUGGUAUUGGCGCAAGAUCUAUAGCAGGUGUAAGUGAUGAUAAAGUUUAUCCUACUAGAGGACAAGUUGUGGUUGUUAGAGCACCCCAUAUCAAAGAAAAUAGGAUGAGAUGGGGCGCCGAUUAUGCAACAUAUAUCAUUCCAAGGCCAUAUUCUAAUAACGAAUUGGUAUUAGGCGGAUUUCUACAAAAGGAUAACUGGACUGGUGAUACGUUUGAGCUAGAAACUGAAGAUAUCCUAAGAAGAACAACAGAACUGUUCCCCGAAAUCCUGGAUAGGCCUUUGGAGAUCAUCAGAGUUGCAGCUGGUCUAAGACCAAGCAGGCAUGGAGGUGUAAGAAUCGAAGUCGAAAAUGUUGAAGAGAAACUUUUGGUUCAUAAUUACGGUGCUAGUGGUUACGGCUAUCAAGCCGGUUUAGGUAUGGCGCAAAAGGCUGUCUCCCUAUACCUCAAAUCCAAGAGAGCAAAGCUAUAA